AUCAGUUGGGUUGAGAAGGGAAGUCCGCCAGAGAGACUGAACUGAAAAACUCUGAAAGGAAAGCAUGGUCAUGGCGUCCCUCCUCUCUCUCCCUUCCUCCUCUUUCUCCUCAUCUUGCUCUUCUUCAGCUUUACUUUACUCUGCUAAAGCUCAAUCUUUCCCAAGAAAGGGGCUGACUCUUCAUCUUACAAGGUUUCUCAUUGUCAAUUCACUCAGCUCACCGGGAAGUGAGACACUUCCACCAGCCGUGCAGAACUUCUGGAAGUGGGUUUGUGACAAAGGAGUGAUCUCGGCUAAAUCUCCGCCUGUAAUGCCCGGAAUUGUACCGGAAGGACUGGGUCUGGUUGCUCAGAGGAAUAUAUCUCGCAACGAAGUGGUUCUUGAAGUACCCAAGAAGUUUUGGAUAAAUUCAGACACUGUAGCCGCUUCUGAGAUUGGGAAGGUCUUUGGUGGAUUAAAACCAUGGAUUUCUAUAGCUCUGUUUCUUAUUAGAGAGAAGGCGAGGGAGAAUUCACCAUUGCGUUGUUACCUUGACAUCCUUCCAGAGACCACAGAUUCCACCAUAUAUUGGUCAGAAGAGGAGCUUUCUGAACUUCAGGGGACCCAACUAUUGAGCACAACCUUGGGUGUGAAAGAAUAUGUGCAAAGUGAAUUUCUUAAAGUCGAGCAAGAAGUCAUACUCCCUCAAAAGAAUCUUUUCCCUACUCCUAUUACAUUGGAUGACUUCCUCUGGGCAUUUGGGACUCUCAGAUCAAGGGCAUUUUCACGGCUUCGAGGCCAAAAUCUUGUUCUAAUUCCUGUUGCAGACUUGAUCAACCACAGUCCUAGCAUAAUUACAGAAGAAUAUGCUUGGGAGUCCAAACAAGCAGGUCUCUUCUCCAAGGAUCUCCUGUUUUCUUUGCGGACACCAGUUUAUGUCAAGCCUGGUGAGCAGGUCUUGAUCCAAUAUGAUAUUGGCAAGAGCAAUGCUGAGUUGGCAUUAGAUUAUGGCUUUAUUGAAUCAAGACCAGAACGCAAUGCAUAUACCCUGACACUGGAGAUUUCUGAGUCAGACCCUUUUUUCGGAGACAAACUUGACAUAGCUGAGUCCAAUGGUCUGGGUGAAACUGCUUACUUUGACAUCAUUCUGGGUUGUUCUCUCCCACCAGCAAUGCUUCCGUAUCUACGGCUGGUGGCUCUUGGAGGAACCGAUGCUUUCCUUCUUGAAUCUAUAUUCAGAAACAAAGUUUGGGGUCACCUUGAGUUGCCUGUUAGCCGCGCCAAUGAGGAGCUUAUAUGUCGAGUAGUAAGAGAUGCCUGCAAGUCCGCACUCUCUGGCUAUCAUACUACCAUUGAAGAGGAUGAGAAGCUAAGGAACGGAGUGAACCUGGUCCCAAGGCUUGAAAUAGCAGUUGGAAUAAGAGCUGGUGAGAAGAAAGUAUUGGAGCAAAUUGAUGGGAUAUUCAGGGAGAGGGAGCUGGAGUUGGAUGUGUUGGAAUACUACCAAGAAAGGAGGCUCAAAGACCUUGGGCUGGUUGGAGAACAAGGAGAAAUCAUCUUUUGGGAGUCCAAUUAGGGUAUGGACUGUGUGUGUGUGUGCUAAUUUUGGUGUUUAAAGAGUAGUGUUAAGAAGGCUUUUGUUUGGAUCAUUUUUUUGUCUUGAGUAGCAAUGAUAAUUGGAUAUUUCU